CUCUCUCUCCAUCUCCCACUUCAUCUCUCUCUCCAUCUCAGUCUCGUCGCCGUCGCUCCGUCUCGGUGUGCGCCACCGACUUUUCUACGCGCCUGCCUGCACACCUCCUCGCCAGCCCAGUGUGACUCAUAAUAACACGGAUGUCAGGGUGCAGCGCGUGAGAGUCUGUACGUGUCUGUAACAUCUCGGAGGACGUUAAGGAGGACCAACAGGAGGACAACACAGGAUUGCGCGCGGCGUCCUCCCGAUCGUCCAUAAAGCGGCAGCAAUGAUGGAUCUGGAUCCGCCGGAGUUUCUGUCGAAAGACGACGAGAUUCAGUAUUGGAUGGAUCUGGCGAACCAACUGCUCCAAAGGAAAGACGAUGUCGAGCGGGAGCUGGAAGAGUUCCAAGAGAAUUCACAGAUGCUGGAGAAAGAGCUGGAGACCUCCCUGGAGCAAGCGGAAAAGACGAAUAGGGAAUUGAGGCAGAGGAACACGAGACUCGCCACGGAAGUCGAGCAGCUGCGAACGCGGCUAGAUCAGCAGUCUGCGGAUUGCGCCAUGUUCCAGGGAAAGGCGCAGGAUUUACAGCAGCAGCACGAGCACCUGCUGAAGUAUAUUAGGGAACUCGAACAAAAAAAUGACGACUUAGAAAGAGCACAUAGGAUAAAUAGGGUCACGGAGGAGGAAAUAGAAGCUAAGUUUAAUUUAGCUAUAGAAAAGAAUGCCUUGCUCGAAUCGGAACUCGAUGAAAAAGAAGGCCUAAAGGUCAUAGUGCAAAGACUGAUGGACGAAGUUAGAGACUUGAAGCAGGAGAUACAAGUACACGAGAGACAUCACACCGACAACAACAAGUCGGUCGACAGAGUUCGUAGCAUCGUCGAUAGUAACAAGCUGCAGGCCGAAUUGGAGUCGAAUUCACCCGCUAGCCAAAUAGUCCCACAAACCAUACCUCAGAACAAUACGACGACGUCGCCGAUAAAAAUUGGAAAUGGAAUGGUAGGCGGUGUUAUUGGGAACAACAAUAACAAUGUGAACCAGCCAUUGCCACCCUGUACCAGAAUACUGGCAAUGAACAUGAUCGGUGACCUUAUGCGAAAAGUCGGGGCGUUGGAGAACAAGCUGAACACGUGCAGAAACGCGUUCCGAGAAGAUCAAGUGCGUCAAGAUCUCUACAGAGCUAGACGACAGGUCCGAAGCCCGGCCACAGGAAACAACAACCACAUUCGAUUGUAAGCGAUUGAAUAUAAAUGGCGAGGAUGUAAUGUCGCAUCGUACACGCGUCCGCACGUCCCGUUGCGAUCCCGAUGUUUAAUGUCAGAGUCGGAAAAUUCCCCUUAAAACGACUUCUGUUUCAAGUUUUUCCGUUAAGUUAGUCGACGAGAGAGAUAGAGAGACGGUGCUCUCACGCAAGAUUGGGAAGGCACGUCCCGUCGUGCCUCGGCGUGAAAAAGUCGUUUCUGUUAAACACGGAGGACACACGAGGGUGAUAGAUUCUCAUAUAUGUAUUCAUUUCGGCCGUACAGCGGCGUUCCACCGCUGCGCCGACGACACUUGUCGCGAUAUCUCGUUAAGGAAAUAUCGUGCGGAAUAAUUACGACGGCGGGUCGGUGAAUCAUCCAUUGUAAUAUCCGCAAGUAGGUACGAGAUUAUGGGUGUCGAAUGGCCGCUGUAAUUAUUGCGAGCGAUAUUUCCCCGACGAUGCCGGGGCCAACGUCGUCGACGGGGAAUACGAUACCGCUGCGAUCUGCAAUAUAUCUGUAUUAUGAUAAUACGUCUCUCUCCGCGUUUCGGUCACAAUAAAUAAAGGAUAUAUUUUAUUAUAUAUAUAUUAAAAAAAAAAAGAGGGAAAUCUCUACGUAUGCAUAAACUUGUUGCUGUAAUAAUCGAAAAUACACUGGUACUGACUUCAACUUCGACCUCUCUACUACGCUAACGUUCAAGCCUGUUACGCUACAUUGAUAAUAAUUAAUAUGUAUGAUCGCCACGCGCGCGCGGCAACGUAUAACCGACGUAGUAAACGAUGAUUAAUUGUCGCGUAAAUGUAUAUAACCGAGGGUAACAGAGAUAAAAAAGUAACAGAGUAUAUCGUUACUUGUAUAUCCGAGUAUUUAUAUAUCUGAAUCAGGUACUCUUCUAAUUUUUUUUUUUCCUCUUUUGCGUCGAUCGUGCCGAGACGUUUUGUGGUUUCCCUCUUCGACACCGCGCGACACUACUAAAAGUCGCAUAAAAGGAAGAAAAUUGUAAAUAUACGCAUACGAGGGAAGAGCUCGAGGCAAUAGGAUUGUUAAGCCACUUAGUUGUUAAGCCAGCAAAAAUCUCGGCUUGUGCUCCUUUUGCGAAAUCGAUGGCCUCGAUAAAAUCUUGUAAUCUCGCGAAGGACGAUAAUACGGAACAAGCGUAGAUGUUACAAAAAAUAAAACAGCAGCUUACUCGUACGAGGGAAAUUCGUGGAAUUCUUAAAAUUUUAUUCUUCCAAAUCUAUAAUAAUAGUAACUUUAAUUGUAAUAACUUAUGUGACUUGCCGUAUUAUUGCCUCGGGCGCUUCGUGUAUUAAAAUAUGAGUAGCAGUGAAGAAUCAUUUAUUUAUUAAAAAGCGAGAAAUAAUUGUGACGUUUGUAGGUAAAAUUACACAAGUAAUAAGUAAUUUAUGAACUUAACGCGUAGGGUAUAAUAUAAUUUGUAUUUACCAUUUGUCUAUAAACAAUUAGUGCAUAUUUACCUUGUGAAAAUGUGUACUUUUUAGCGUUUUUAAAUCUCUACAUAUAUAAUUCUAUAUUUUUUUUAAUAUUCCGUAAAAAAUAAAAAUGUCUUAAUUGAAGUAAUACUUUUUUUGCGACGAAAACGAUUGGAUCGAUUCCAAUAAUUAGAUAUAAUACAUAACGCUUAUUAUAUAACAAAGGCUAGCAAGAUACGAUUGCGCCGAGUUUACAUCUGAAGUUUAGUUCUUUAAACUGCAAUUACGGAAAAAAAAUGGAUCAUCGGCAACGUAUUAAAAGAAAAAAAAAAUUGUUAUCCUGAAUAGAAAAAUCAUAAUCGAGUUGUACUAUUGUGAGAAUGUGAAUUUCAUUCAAUAAAAGUCCUUAUCAAAUUUA